AGCUCCGGCAGAGGAGAACGGGGAGCGAAGCAGCCCUUCGCCCUGCGACGCCGCGAGGGAGCCCGGCGGGCUGACAAGCCGGGGCGGGUGCGGUUUCGUUUUGGAAGGCGGCGCCCGGCGCCUGCCUACCGCCGCCCCUUCCUCGCUCAAAGAGGCCGGAGCUCCGCAGACGGGAGGCGGCAGCCAGAGAAGCGGCAUGACGGGGCUACGGGACUGCAAGGCCUGGCAGGACGCAGGACUUUUCCUUUCAACUACCAAUAAUGAAGCCUGUAAACUUUUUGAUGCUGCGUUGACUCAGUAUGUGACUUGGACGAACGACCAGAGUCUCGGGGGCCUUGAAGGAACCUUUUCAAAACUACAGGCUGCGGAUCCUAACUUUGUCAUGGGCCAUGUGAUUUCCAACGGUUUGGCCCUGAUCGGUACUGGGAGUUCGGUGCGGCUGGACAAGAAACUGGACAAUGCCAUCAAGACCAUGGUGUCCCUUUCACACUCUCAGCCCUUGAGUGAGCGGGAGAAAAUGCACGUGUCUGCCCUGGAGCUCUUCGCUCGUGGGCAGAUCAACCAAGCCUGUGAUACGUGGGAAGAAAUCCUACAGAGCAAUCCGACCGACAUGCUGGCCCUAAAAUUUGCCCAUGAUGGCUAUUUUUAUUUGGGAUUUCAGGCUCAAAUGAGAGACUCAAUUGCUCAAGUUUAUCGUUAUUGGACUCCAGAUAUUCCUCUUAGUAGCUACAUUAAAGGCAUGUACGCCUUCGGCUUGGUCGAAACCAAUUUCUAUGACCGUGGUGAGAAGCUGGCCUAUGAGGCUUUAGCCAUCAAUCAGAGAGACGCUUGGUCUGUCCACGCUUUGGCUCACGUGAAUGAAAUGAAAGCGGAUUUAAAGAGUGGGCUGGCGUUCAUGAAGCAAACUGAAAACAACUGGAAGGACAGUGAUAUGCUUGCUUGCCACAAUUACUGGCACUGGGCUUUAUACUUUAUUGAAAAGGGCGAUUAUGAGGCUGCUUUGACAGUUUAUGAUACCCACAUUGCUCCCAGCUUACAGAAGAGUGGGACCAUGUUGGAUAUCGUUGACAACAGUUCCAUGUUAUAUAGGCUUGAAUUAGAAGGGGUGAAGGUGGGCAACAGGUGGAAAGCAGUAAACCAGAUGACGAAGAAACAUGCGCAGGACCACAUCUUGAUCUUCAACGAUGCCCACAUUCUGAUGGCCUCCUUAGGUGCUCAGGAUCAAAAAACUUCCAAUGAGCUUCUGACCACUUUACAAGACCUAGUCCAGACUCCAACGGAAGAUCACGAGCUGAGCCUGGCUCCAACGUUGGGAAUGCCUCUUCUACAAGCGUUUGUGGAGUUUGACCAAGGACGUUAUGACAAGGCAGUGGAACUGUUGUACCCCAUUCGAUAUCAGGUGGUUAAAAUAGGAGGGAGCGAUGCCCAGAGAGAUCUGAUUGGCCAGUUGCUGAUUCAUGCUGCUUUAAAAUCUAAAUCUAAAGCCAACCAAAGACUUGCUAGAUGCCUCCUUAUAGAACGUGAUGAAUUCAGACCAAAUUCUCCAUUAACUGAACGCCUGAUGAGGAAAGCAGUAGGUCUUCAUGCCGUGGGCUAAACCCAACAUCAUAUUAAGAUUUUAAAUCCAUGAGACUGUUGUUGUCCAGACUUGCAUAAAUCCAAGGAAUUUAUGCGUUAUUCGGAAAACAAUAUCUGGAAAUAUUUACCCUUGCUCAGUUUUGACCCAUCUCGGUUUACAAAUACUAUUUUAAAAAAAAUCAAGUGAUUUUAAAAAAAUCAAUUAAAAAAAUUAAAAGCUUUGGGCCGCAGAACUAUCAAAUAAACAUUUGGUUACUCAGAAAGUACAAAAUUUAUUGCCUGUUUUUGAA